AUGGCCUCUAAGGGGAAAAAGACACGUGGUGUUACAAAGGGGAUAGGAACUCAUGAUAUUGUCACUGCUUCUAAUGAGAGGAUUCUGAUUCAGAUGAAUGACGAUCAAAAGCUCCCAAAUGGUGUCCAAGCUAAUUCUAGGUUUGUUUCAGAAAUUGGGUCUCAAACACGUUCCUUAGCCCCACUUCAUGUCAAAACCUGGAAGGAGGUUACACUAGAAGUUAAAGACGAAAUCAAAAAGGGGUUGUUGCAUAAAUUUGAUGUCAAUUUCAAAGAACCUGGCAUUGCAAAAUUUGUUGAAGACAAGAUGAAUAACACAUUCAGAUCAUGGAAGGGAAAAUUGCACAAGCACUUCAAAAAAUAUGCUGAUGACAUUGAUUUUGCAAGGGCUCACCCCCCUACUGAGAAAGUGUUUGGUGACAGGGACAUAAGUGAUUGGGAGUGGUUGUGUGAUAAUUUGUACACGGAUCAAGCGUAUCAGAACCGUUGUAGGAUCAAUACUAUUAAUAGGAACAAGAAAAUUUAUAAUCACUGUGGUGGUUCACGCCCUUUCACAAAACAUAUGGAAGCCGAAGAACAGAAGGGUAAAAACGUGACCUUUAUUGAGAAUUGGAGUCUCAUGCAUCAACAUAGAGGCAACAAUGGUGGUGUUUGGAUCAAUGAAGAAGCAGAGAAGACAGGGAAAAAUUUGAUUGUAGAGUUGAUCAAAACCAAGCAACAGAUGGCCGAUUCUGAGGGUACCCCACUUGAAGAUGUUAUAGUGCCUAUCCCAAUGCAAUUAGAUAUCUUGGCUAAAGAGCUCGAGACUAUGAAGGGUAAGACCAUUCGAGGUGUGGGUUAUGGUCUUAGAAAAGACACAUUCUGUCUUUCAGUCCCUGCAUCCACUUCAAACCCAACAAAUGCUCAACUUAUGAGGUACAUUGUUUUAUUAGAAGAGCGACUUGCUUCGCUUGAGGGUGAGAGACAACCUUCUACACAUGAUGUGGAUGAAGAGGGAGUCGAGAAUGGUAAUGUGGAUGAGGAGAAUGAUGAGGAUGUGGAGAAUGAUGAGGAUGAGGAUUUGGACGUGCUUUAG